AUGACCACGGUGUCCUACUGUGCGGAACGGCCGGGGGGGGGGGGGGGGGGGGGGAGAGUAGGCGCUGUCGAGUCCCCCCCAUGGAGAUCGAUCUCGCUCCGGCUGCGACAGACACUUGGGGUAUCAUGCAAGGGAGUGGGUAUUGACCGUGAGCAACACACGCUUCGGUCGCCCAAAGCACGGAACGACUCUUGGUUGGUACCGUUUCGGUUUCCAUUCUAUCACACAAGACCUACUGCCCGUCUGCCUCUCGGGGUGGUAAACUCGUUCACCAUGCAAGAACUUACUUUGACCGGAGCAACUCUACUUUCCAAUCACGACGGACCCGGUAGUCCGGCAGUCGAUCCCUUGUUCCUGCACAACCACACCGGCCCGACCACGUCGUCGGCGGACGACGUGGAAUCGACAACGACAACGACGCGUCUUCCCGUUGGCGCACACCAUCGUGACGGGGCGGCGCACGAUCACGACCACUGCGGCUGCGGCACUGCGCCAGCCCGACCCUCGGUACAACUCCAAGUGCCGGUGACCGAACUCGUCGCCCAGGAACCGCCACAGAUACGCAAGGCCCUCCAAACGAUACUCCGCAUGGGAACCUACGAACUCUUUGCCGAAGUACUACAAGCGUGGCAACAAACCAACACUGACACUCAACAGCAUCACUACAACAACACUACCGCGACGUUGACGAACCAGCCACCCGUGAUUGCCAGUACGCCCGUGUCCGACGAACUCGUGGUACUCAAUGAAGAAGGACACGGUCUCGUGCAUUGGGCGUCCAAACGCACCGAAGACGUUCGUUUUCUAACACUCCUCCUCGAGCACGUGGCCAACGGCAAAGAUCCCACUCUCGUUCCCAACCUUGUGACCCAACCCACUCGAGACGCCACGCACAUGACUCCCUUGCACUGGGCCUGUACGGAACCGCACGCCUUGCCCGUCAUUCGCCGUCUAUUGAACGCAUUCACACUCAAGACCCCCUCAUACGCCCCGGAACGAUUGCUCGAAGCACGCGAUUCCACCGGAUGCACCCCUCUACUCAUCGCCGCACAGUACGGACAAGUCGAAACCGUAGCCUACCUCAUCCAAAAGGGAGCCAACAAAGCGGCCAAGGACGAUUCCCACGAUACCGCCACACACUGGGCCGCCUAUAAGGGUAGUCCCACCGUACUCGGCUUGCUAUUGUACUACGACGUCCGACCCUUGACCGCACCAGACGUAUACGGACAAACACCCCUGCAUUUAGCCGCGCUCCGGGGUCACGCAUCCGCCUGUCGCUACAUGAUCCACCGAUUGCCCUCCAAAGACGAAGCCCGUCGGUUGCUGACCAUGACGGACAAGAACGGGAGAACCGCCGAGGCGUUGGCCGCGCACAAACAAAAGGACGCCGUCGUAGCCGUCUUGCAGUCUUGUCAGAAUCGACUCGCCCCACCGCGACAACGCUUCCGACAAGUGCUGGCCUGGAAGUCCCCGUCGUUUUGGAUGCGGACGCUACCGCUGGCGUGCUGGCAAUGCACGAAAACGAUUGUCUCGGUACAAGCUUGGCAGUCUUGGUUAGGAAUAGGCUCGUCGGUCGCCGAUGACGACUCGCCCGUUUUGCCGUAUUAUUACGUUCUCUCGAACUAUUGCGUCAACGUAUUUUUCUACGGUGCGGUUCUCCUACCCCUCGGCAACGUUGAGAAAGGUUUGCUUUGGGAUUGCAUGACUUUGCAUAUCUGGAACGUACUCUGCUCUGUGGCGUCCUUUUACUGCUUGGUGAGAACCCAAACGACGGAUCCCGGCAAUUUGAACGGAACCGGCACUACUCAAGUCGAUAUUCAACCAUUGCGCCGUUUGUACGAAGUUACGUUGGAAGCCUACGCGCACGACGAUGAUGAUGGUCCCAACCAUGCCGUAGCUGCUUCACAGGUUCAACUCUGUCACUCCUGUCACAUUGCUCGCCCACCGCGAUCCAAGCACGACCGGUUUACCAAAACUUGCGUAUUGCAGUUUGAUCAUCACUGUCCAUUUGUGGGGGCAACGAUUGGGUUGUACAACUACAAGUGGUUCUACCUGAUGCUUUUGUUCAUGACGUUAUACUUUCUUGGCUUUUCCAUUGCCUUGGGAAUGUACUUUGUCCGGUCUUUACGGGUCCCUUUGUGGCAAGUUGUGCUGGGCUUGUACUUGGCUGCGCACGUCUUUAUGACGGCGGGUAUGUGGUUCUACCAUACACAAUUGCUGUUGGGGAACUUGACGACCAACGAGCAUUUGAACUUGCGCAAGUAUCCGUACUUGUGGGAAACCCGGGCCUACGUCAGUGGUAAGACGAAAACGGUGUACCGUAAUCCGUGGAACAUUUCCUGGUGGCACAACAUUCAGGAUCGGUUUCAUCCGAGUGCGGCAUCGUAUACGGUACCGGAAUCGCACGAGACGGUUCGACAAUCACAAGCCUUGCUAUCCACCGUGACGUCGUCGUCGUCAUCAUCCUCCACAGCGACGCCGACCCCAUUGCGCCACGUUCCUACACAAGAAGCUGUCUAAGUUAUUGGAUUGCGUAUGUAGUUACAUUAAGGAUUGUCGAUCCGUUCACAGUC